AUGCAUCCCGAAUUCGCCCCUGUGUCCUUCAUCGCAGCUUUCUCUCUCCUCCUCCCCUUGCCUUGGCACUGGCGAGCGGGUAAUGUCGCUACCCUCUCUAUCAUAGGCUGGCUCUUCGUCAUCAACAUGAUCUACGCCAUCGACGCUGUUGUAUGGGCCAAUAGCGUCGACAUCGUUGCGCCUGUAUGGUGCGACAUCACGACCAAACUCAUCAUCGGCGCAAAUUUCUCUCUUCCAGCAGCAUGUCUUUGUAUUUGUAUCCAUCUCGAGCAAGUCUCUUCCGUCCGCCUCGCGCGUACAAGUCUCUCGGAUAAACGGCGACGACAAUACUUCGAGGCCCUCAUGUGCCUGGGGCUCCCUGUGAUUUUUAUGGCCCUUCACUACGUUGUCCAGGGUCAUCGAUUUGAUAUCAUCGAAAACUACGGGUGCCGCCCAACGACCUACUUCUCGAUCCCAGCUAUCUUCAUUGUCUGGCUGCCGCCUAUUCUGAUUGCUAUUGGCGCCCUUGUCUUUGCCGCCCUCGCCCUGAGGCACUUCAUGAUCCGACGACUUUCUUUCGCCUCCCAUCUCACUUCCUCUAACUCAGCUCUGACGCCUUCCCGAUACCUUCGCCUCAUGGUCAUGUCGGCGCUCGAGAUGUUCUGGUCCCUCGCUUUUACAGCCUGCAACCUUUGGUUUACCGCCGCUGCUAUACCCAUUCGUCCUUGGACAACAUGGGACGACGUCCAUUCGGACUGGCUACGCAUCGAUCUCUUCCCCGCUCGGUUCAUGCCACCGUUCAUUGAGAGCGCGUUUUACGUUCUGUGGUGGGUUGUACCCGUCUCGACAUUUCUCUUUGUUGGCUUCUUCUCCUUCGGGAAAGACGCGAUGGACGAGUAUAAGAGGUGCAUCUCGUGGUUCAAGAUACGUGUUCUUCGUCGUCCUGAAAGCAGCAAAUCGUCGAAAGGACAAUUCUUCUCUCUACCUUUCUCCAGAAAAGAACGAAGCCCCAUAUCUUCGCCUACUCUUAUUUCAUCCUCAAAUGACGGCACGGCCAUCACCAUGCUCACUUUAUCUUCGUCGAAGGACCCUCAGACUCCUUCCUCGAUAGAUAAAUCACUCUCCUUCGGCGACUCGCCUGACUGCGAUACCUUCUCCGAAGCAUCUCACUACACUUCUCCCUACGGACACGCCGGCGUGAAGGCGCUCGGAUCCGUCAGCGAACUUAUUUCGCCUGUGACACCCUCGACCGCCGCUCCUGACUACCAGGAGGUGAUGCAAAUCAGGACCGAGUUCCCGCCAACGCCAUCCCCAAUCACACCUCCCAUCUCCCACCCGCGAAUUCGCGGCCAUAUGCCAGGAAACCUGACGCCAGUCUCACCACGCCCCUUCACGUAUCCCUCCAACGACCCCACACACACCUCCUUCGAUCCCUCGAAGUUCACAAGAUAG